UAAAUCAGAAAAAAGAAAAAUUCCAUCUUCAACCUCCAUUUUCUCUCUCUCCAUACUUUUAUUUUCUUCUUUCUCCAAACACACUAAACUUCACUUCUCUCUACACACCCAAAAACAAGAAUACCACCAAAUUCCUCUAACCUUCCUGUUAUUCAAUUUUUCUUCCUAUAUAUAACGAAAACCCUAUUCCUCUUUUUUCAUUUUUUCUCUCUUUUUCUUUACUCUUCCCUUCUCUCUCUUCACUUUUUUUUUUUCUUUUCCCAAAUGGGUCUUUAUCAAUAAACCCAUAGAUCAUCAAUUUACGUUUUUUAACAAAAAGGGGUUGUUUUAAUUUAUCUAUAUUAUAUAAUUCUACUGUUUUGUUGAAUUUUAAGGUUGUUCUCUUUUUUUUUUGUGUGUGGGCUUGUUCAAUGGCAGCUGGUGCUAAGGAAGUGUCCGGUGAGACAGCAACUACAAUAGUAGUUGUUGAAACUCCUAUAAUACCCAAUAAUUCGGAGGAGUCUAAUGAGGUUAAGGAUUCUUGUUCUGAUUCUAUUUCGAAUGGGAAAUCGGAGUAUGAAAUUCAAGAUUUUGUUGAUAUGUUGAAGAAACUCAAGCUGAAUCCUGAAGCCAAGGAGUUUUUUCCUUCCUCUUAUAAUAAUAAUAAUUAUAAUAACCGUGUUGGUGUUGGUGUUGGUGUUGGUGUUGGUAUUGGUGAUCAGAUGGUGCUUGCUAACUUUGUACCAGCUGCUAACAAGAUGAUGAUGACCACUCUGGGUGUUGUUGAUGGUUUUGGAAGUAAUCGAAGGAGAGGCAACAACUUUAACCAGGGCAAGAGGAGAAUGAACAAUAGAGCUUAUAAGGCUCAAAGAGAAGAUAGCAUCAGGCGAACAGUAUAUGUUUCUGAGAUAGAUAACAAUGUCACUGAGGAACAGCUUGCUGCUUUGUUCACUGCUUAUGGACAAGUCGUGGACUGCCGAAUUUGUGGUGAUCCACAUUCCCGUCUUCGUUUUGCUUUUGUGGAGUUCGCUGACGAGUACUCUGCAAGAGCAGCACUUAGCCUUUGUGGGACGAUGUUAGGUUUCUCUCCAUUGAAGGUCCUGCCUUCAAAAACUGCUAUUCUACCUGUGAAUCCUACAUUCCUUCCAAGGUCGGAGGAUGAGCGUGAGAUGUGUGCCAGGACAGUCUAUUGUACAAAUAUUGAUAAGAAGGUUACUCAGGCUGACGUCAAGAAUUUUUUUGAAACAAGAUGUGGUGAGGUUUCUCGUCUGAGGCUUUUGGGGGAUCAUGUGCACUCAACCCGCAUUGCAUUUGUUGAGUUUGUAAUGGCUGAGAGUGCAAUUUUGGCGUUGGACUGUUGCGGUGAGAUAUUGGGAUCCCAACGUGUCAGGGUGAGUCCUUCAAAGACACCAGUGAGGCCACGAUUUCCGCGUGCCAUGAUGCAGUAGCUGAUGUGUGUGCUCAUGAUCUGGAAAGAGUUCAGGCAAGCCCUCUAGGGAAGACUUGAGGUGUCACCAUGGGAAAGCGAAACAAAAUUCCUGUUUCAGUAGUUUCCAUGUUCUUUUCUUUUUAUGUUCCUGUCUUUGCUGGCUACAGUAACUUUAUUGGUACCAGACAUGACAUAACGCUGCUUUUUAAUCGGAAUAUCUGCACAUUUAGUA